CAGCUGCUAUUUGGUUUGUACCAUGUGUCACAGUGACAAAUAAUUAUCAAUUGUCCAGAAAUCUAGUACGAAAAUAUCUUCCGUUGGAACUAUAUUCUCAAAAGUUUAAAUGCGUUUUCCUAUACUGCCUAAGCAAGUUAAUAUCUAAUUGCUGUUUUUGAUGAAGCAUUUUUAGUAGUGUUCGAAAUUAUGACAAGUAGAUCUAUUUAUUUUGGGAUUUCAUGGACGUGCAACAUCCAACUACAAGAAGACUGUCUGACUUCUUAUAUCUGGUAAGCCAGCAUCUAGUAUCACUUACAUCCUUUUUAGUAGAUCUGCGAUAUUGGUUUCAAUUUGCACUAUAAAUCCUGGCAAAAUUUUAGCCUUAUUUCUAUUGCUUAUGGUAGAUUAUCAGAUAGCCAUUUGUCCAUGCUUAUGAUAGUGUAACAUAUCUGUUUUUGAACCUGAAUAUAAUUUUUUUUCUUCCUGCUUGAUCAUUGUUUGAGGGGAAGGAGUUGAGAUGAUUUCAUCAGUUUGACCAUAUUCAUUUAAAGAAUGGAGGCCCUCUUUAUUCCUGUAGAAAGAGCUGUGAUAAACAUGUACGCUGUGUGUACUUGAGGUUCUUGCUGAUUGACAUAUGAACUGAUCUCUUGUAGCUGAUUAUCUGCCUUAAUGGAACACAAUGAAGUUAAAGUAACGAAGAAUCAGCUUGAUCAAAUAAAUCAGUCAAUUUGUUAGCAAACAUCACUUGUAUGAAGUAAAAAUAAGAAUGGGAUUCUGGACCAUGGUUAGAUUCUUCUUUAUUUCUUUGAGAUUUUUAACGUACACAUGCACGCACGCACGGAGCAUGGGAAAUAAAGAAAAUGGUGAGAGAUGUCCGCUAUCUCACACUGCUGUCACAGUGUCACUUGAUAUACAGGUGCGUAUUUUUCUCUUGUUUUCGGGAAUAUUAUGCAUCAUAAAACCCCAAUGUCAGGCCUUGCGAUAUUUUCCAGUUAUUUAUCUUGUAUAUAACACCAAAUUGCGUGACGAUCUGACUGUGUAUUUCUUAUUAACUUUUUCUGCUUUUAAGGUUUUCAAAUACAGAGGUAGAGAGGAAAGAAGGGGAAAAAUUUUAAGGUCAGAUAUUGGGUAUCUUACGGAAGGUACACAGGAACGCCUUGGAUCAAUUCAUCUCUCACAGGUAUUUUGAGGUUGCGAACAGGAGAAAAGACUAAGAGCCACUUGCCAUUGAUGAAGCCUUUGAAAUGUUCUGCAAAGGUGUUCACACUUUCGGCCCUUUUUGGAGGAUAUGAUGUGAUAUUGGAAUGCGACUAUGCGAGCUUGAACAGCCUAAGGAAGGUGUUGUUUCUGAGAUACGAGGAUCUGAAAGACAAUAUAGUGUUCUUUAUACAGAAACUAGCCGAGUUUAUCGGAUUCCCUUUCUUAGUUGAGGAAGAAAAACAAGGCCUCAUAGAACAACUAUCAAGAUUCUGCAGCUUAUAUACUACUGUUCUAUACCAUCAACUACUAAGUACCAAGCAUGCCCAAGUAUAUUGAAUUUGAGAAUUUCA